AGGCACUUGCAUUCUCCAAAUUCACCCAUCAAUCCCUCCCCUUCCUCAUCCCCAUUGGUUCAAGAAUGUGAACUAUUAUUUAUUAUCAGAGUAAAUUGAUGCAAAGAAGUUCAAAAGUCGAAGUCUUUUAAGUCAACCAAAUGCAUUGUCUAGCAGUUUCUUUGAAUUAUCUUCACAGCCUUGCUUUUCAUUCGGGCACUUCCAUCCUUUAUCAGUUCUUAUUUUCCCUCCAGAGUCCUGACCAACCACUUCUUGAAAUUUACUCAUCAAUCCCUCCAGUUCCUCAUCCCCAUUCGUUCAAGAAUAUGAACUACUUCCUCCUUUUUGUUUUGAUACUCUUGGUUUUCUCUGAGACUCCCUUGUCAUCAAGCAACCCCGAAUGGUACAGAAUCUGCGGUAAUCAGUUCAAGUGUGGGAAUGUUUCUGCAGGCUUUCCAUUCUGGGGAGGAGAUCGAAGAUUGCCUAAUUGUGGCCAUCCAAAACUUCAACUCAAGUGUGAGAAAAAUGAGACAGCUAUUUUAGAAAUUGAGGGUGUUCUAUAUCGGGUUCUUGAAAUUAAUCAGGAAACCAAAAGACUGAAGAUUGCAAGGGAUGACUAUGAGGGUGGAAUUUGUCCCCAGAAUACCCAGAAUAGCCGGGACACCAACCUUGAUGCCACUCUCUUUGACAGUACUUCAGGUUAUGUAUAUAUUACAUUACUCUAUGGCUGCCUGAUAAAUUUACCCUCACUUGAAAACUUCAGCUGCAGUUUUAAUGGAGUCAAUUCUAGCAAAGUUUGCAUUCAUCAAGGAGCACUUACUAAUCCCAAGGGUUGUUCUGCUAGUGCCACUGUCCUGGUUAAUGAAUCUUUCGCCCCAUUAACCACAGUAAAGGCCGUCGAACAAGCCUUAAAAGAUGGAUUUGAAGUAAAAUGGAAGGUGGACGAUGAAGGACUCUGUCAGAAGUGCAAUAAAUCCAAGGGAAGCUGCGGCAUUAACCCCUCGAAUGAAAUGGAAGCGGUUUGCUACUGUCGAGAACCAACUGACAUAUUUCAAGAAUGUCCUCUUUUUCCCCUGCCUCCUCCCGCUAUUCCUACCCGGCCUCUUGCCCCUUCCCCACCAGCACGACCACCAUCAAACGCCAAUGACCGAGAAUUUGCAGUAGUCAGUUCAAGUGUGGCAAUGUUGUUGCAGACUUUCCAUUCUGGGGGGAGACCGAGGACAGCCUGAUUGUAGCCAUCCAGGAUUAAAACUCCGUUGUGAUUACAAUGAUACUGCUAUUUUAGAAAUUGUCAGUGUUCGAUAUCAGGUUCUGAAAUAAGUCACCAAACCCAAUGACUGAAGAUUGCAAGGGAGGACUAUGAAGGUGGAAUCUGUCCUAGAAGAUCCAGAUCACCAAACUUGAUGCUACUCUUUUUGUUGGUGCUCCGGGUUAUGUAAAUUUUAUUUUAAUCUAUGGUUGCACCCCGACAUUCAUUCCAU